CUUUUAUUCAUUACUUGGAGAUCGCAGUACAUUUAUAAGUCACCCUGCUUCAUUCUGUGCUAUCACAAGAGAACGAAGUUUUUUUAUCGGUUGGGCAUAAUGAGUUCGUUGCUCUUUGUGGUUUCUAAGUUUAAGGGACGAAAAAGGGGACUCAUUGACUUUGGAUCUUCGCAAAAGGCUGUGGCAUCGGCAGUUGAUCAAUCAACGGCUAAUGACUCGAUGCCUGCUUAUAUGAAGACAAUCGUCGACUAUCUAGUGGAUGUAAAAGAGAGGCUUGACGUUUUAACUUCUGAGAAUAAGGGGUUAGCUGAAGAAGUUCAAGAACUUAAAGAUGAAAAUUCUCGUUUACGCUGCUUUCUGUCGCAAAAAUCACAGUCUGAUCCAUUAGUUGGAACAAAUAAUUCCUCAUUUCAAGCAUCUCUUCCUAGCAAGAAUGGAAAUCCAAUUAGUGUUGAUUGUUGUGAAUUAGAAGAAGUCUCACGUUCCCUAGUAAUCAUUGGCAUACCUGAAUUUGGUGAUCCGCUUGCUUCUAAUCGUGUUAUUCAUGAUUUUGACUGUGUUAGACAACUUUUCAAUUUGCUUAAUAUUGAAUGCGUCCCAUUGUCUCUUUACCGUAUGGGCAAGCCAGCUCAGUCUUGUCCUAGGUUAUUGAAGGCGAUACUCCUUGCCGCUAGAUUCAACGAGGAAGCUGUCAAGCUUGCACCCACCCCUGGGUUGUCCCCGUUCAGGGGCACUUAUAUUCAGCCUCGCUUCCUAAAGCUGAAAGGGAUAAGCUUCGGGCUUUGA